CAUUGAUUGCCACCCCUAAAUGACAAACAAAACCCUAGGGAACACCUUCUCCACCCACUUACCGAAGUCGCAGAGUCUGGUUCUCGCCAAAUCUACUAGUCUCACCGUGUUCCGGAAUGUUGGGUUUACGAGGUUCAGUUGGAGUAAUCUCCGAUAUCAGUAACCGGCUCGUCCAAACCAUAACGUUUCGUGGAAUAAAAGUGCAAGGCAUUCGUGUGGGAGGAGCUGAAAUUCCUGACCACAAGCGCCUUGCCGUUUCUCUUCAGAGCAUCUUUGGAAUUGGCCAUAACAGAGCUCGCCAGAUCUUAAGUGAGCUCAAUAUAGAAAACAAACUCACUAAUGAGUUAACUGCAAGAGAACUCGUGGCUCUUCGUGAGCAUGUCUCUAACACAUACGUCAUUGGAGAAGAUUUGAGGCGAUGUGUCAUUGCGGACAUAAGCAGAUUGAAGGGUCUUCAGUGCUACAGAGGGAUUAGGCAUGAGGAUAAAUUGCCUUGCAGAGGACAGCGCACAAAAACCAAUUCUCGAACUGCAAAAAAGGGUCUAAAUGCUGGUAGAGAAGGACACAGAGCGCCUCGUAACUAGGUCUAAUUUCUUGCGUUUAGUUGUUACUUCUUUUGAUAAGUUUUGAUGUAGAUUUGCUUGCGAUACAUAUUUAAUAAGCUUUGAUGUAGAUUUGCUUGUGAUACAUAUUUAAUCUUUCCCUCCCCUCCAAUUAAAUCCCAUUUUCUUUUUCCUAUCAAUUAGGCUUCAACAUAAUUGGAUCAGUUUCGUAUUUGGGUGGAAUGAUGAUGAAGAACCUCUACCAUUUUUAUGGAAUUGUUAAAAAAUGGAUUUGAUCUUGUAUCAUCUAGCAUUGUUUAUUGACUAAAUGAGUUUUCUUUCGUUUUUUUUUCUAUUAGGGAAUUGUUGUAGGCCGUUUAUGGCCAUUGGUGGAAGUAAUAGUAAUUAGUUAUUUUAUGUUGAAUUUUAUAUUAA